AUGACUUCACAGUUGAACUUAUGCGGCGAGAAUAUUACUGAUGAGCAAAAUAAUGAACUGUUAUUGAAACAUCAUGCAUCCAGGCCAACAGGUUCCAGCCCAUUCCCUAAAGCGAAUGGGGUACAGUCUGCUAAUCCAGGCCGCAAAAACAACAAAGGCCGGAGAGAUGGCAAAGGCCAAAGACGCGACCGUCCCCAGCCUCGUCGAAAUAAUGGCAAAAGACCAUAUAAGCCCCUAAAGUGGCAAAAUGAAGAGCAGAAAAGAAAUUAUGAAGAUAAGUGUCACAGGUGUGGUACAAAGGGACACUGGUCGCGCUUCUGCAGGACAUCUAAGCACUUGGCUAAUUUGUACCAGGCCUCGCUGAAAGGGAAAAACAUGUCUGCUGACGUAAAUCUCUCUGAACAGAACAAUGACGACACAUAUGAUGAUGUCCUGAAAAACACGUCUGCUGAUGUGAAUCUCGCUGAACAGAAUAGUGAUGACACAUAUGAUGAUGUCCUGAAUAGCGACCUUAUGCAUUUGAAUACAACAGACUUCCUUGAGCACACUGAAGGUGCCAAGUGA